CUUGCAUGUCUUGGCCGUACACAAUGACACGACCACCUCUGUUUCUUAUAUCAACCUAGUCACCUUAUAAAUACAACCAUUGCUCUGUUCUAGUCAUCAUUUCAUAUCCAUCAGUAAGAGUCACGGUUCUCCAUCAAUCAAUAGCCAAGUGAUUCAAUAUACAAUAUGUCGGACGCCAAUCAGUCAGUCGGGAUACCUGUGACCUCGUAUAAGGAGGUCGUGCUACCCGGGUAUGAAAUCCUGCCACCCACGAUGCUGACAAUCAAGGGCCAGGAGAUCCACGCAACAGAGCCAGAGGCGCGGUUGCUGUACCGGCUGAGCCUAGGGAUAACCACACUUUCAGAAAUCACCACCGAUGUGCAACUAUCGCGGGUUGAGUCCACCAAGGGAGGCAGCGAGCGCCAACGCCACAUAUACGACCUGAAGCACAUGCGGUCGACGCCCGGUGGGUUUAAAGAUGUGCCGGCAGAGUCGCCGCGGUAUUAUAUCAAGCGCGCCAGCAGACUGGUCCCUGAGCCCGCGGCGGUGGGGAUCAAAAAGAAGCGGUCGUUGAUGGGUGGAAAGGCGGAGCAGGUAACGGCCGUGCCCGUCGACCUCUCGGGUAAAGCCAGCGAGUUCGGGAUCCCGACGUUUGUCAAAAAGGCAGAAGCCAUUUUCACGUUCAAAGGGCCUGAGUGGGUAGACAACCAAGGCAAAUCCGUUGCCGUCAUGUACUACGGCGACAAAGAAGACAAGGUUCACAGCUUGGUUCUGACGGCAUCACUGACCCGCGCGCAAUUUGAGAUACUCGUGGCCUUGUGGUGCUGUCAUGUUUGGGAGUUUAGCGUUGCCAAUGCGGAAAAAAUCCACGAGGGGUCUGCUGGAUUGUUAAGGAAGCUGAAGCAGGGUGAGGAGUAUGGAUAUAGAUGGAUGUCAGGACCAGCUGGAGGUGGGGGAGCAAGUACGGCGUUCUGAAUCGGUAAUCUGGUUCAGGACAGACACCUUGGGAAAGAAAAGCGACACGCCGGAUUUACAAAGGACAGAUGAGGCUCAGUCACAGUCAAGGGUUUAUGAACGAGUCCGAGCGAUCAAAGUCACUAGGAUGCUGUGAGCUGGUCAGACCAGAAAUGUUGGUUGAGAGGGCAAAGAAACUGUCGUGAGCCUAGAGUUAGUUAGCACUGAUUCGUGUAACUUGUCAAACAUGCACUGGCUUGGCUGGG